GAGUGUGGACGUGCGGUUGAUCGCUCUGCCGUACCCACGCUCCUUCAUUUCAGCCUUGGCUGUCGUCGCGAUUGGACGCUCCAUCACCGUGGGGAAAAGCCGAGGUCGCAGUAGCAGGCCAUGCGAGAGGAAUAUCGAUGCACGACGCUGACGCCGGAUAGAGCAGGCGAAGUCAUUCACCACGAGGCAGGAAAAAUGAGUCCCACUUUCGUCCAGGCUUUGCUGGCCCUCCUCACAUGCUUGUGGUUCAAAACGGUUCCUGUGGACGCAGCUGUGCAGUGCGUCGCUGAGGACGCCUGGGGAUUGUGCGGGGAGUACACACAUAUCAGACACAAUGGAUCAUUGGCUGCCUGCAGCUAUAUGUGCCUUCCAGAGAUGGACUCUUCGUGCUACCGUAAUGAGUGGGACCAAGAGCCAUGUCUUGUUUUCGACAACGCUCCUCUCGGCAGGUGCUACGAUGGGGUAUGCUACGAUAACUCAGUGUAUGAUAGGUUGAUCAGGCUAAGACCGCCUAACACUCGGAUGCCGUGCGAACAUGGGAACGACUAUUUAUAUAAUGACAGGGGACCAUUCGGCUGCCAUUUUUACUGCCGUGAACCUCCCAACAAGAUCGCAAGACGUCCCGACGGCAAUGUCUGUCUGAAUCCGAGGAUGGCUGUCCAGGGCGGAUGUAAAAGCGGCUACUGCGUAGCUGGUUACCAGCGAAGUUGAGCAGAGACGAGCGUCAGAAUGGCAUUUGUACGAAAGGAACUGUCUUCCCCUAUGUAAUUAAACACAACAUUC